AUAACGUUUCAAUCGUACCACUUCGUAUCUGCCACUUCCAGAUGACCUUUCAUCUCGAUCCUCAUGCGCCACCCGACACAUAUCCCGGAAUUUAUCAAGAUGCUCUCAAUCGUUGGAUCCGAUGGGAAGGCACCCCGCGCUUUCAGAGUCAAGCAUAUGGGCCAAUAAACGGGUUUCUUCAAAUUAAGUUCGGCAACGAGCAUUUCUUUGUGAAGCCGCAGAAGGGUCUCAGAGCCCCGAUCCCUGGCGCUGACAGUUAUGACGAUGACGAUGAUGUUGCCUUUGCUGAAGAAGACGAGGCUGAGGACGACUCCUCAGAUAGUACGGGGAGUACUGACUCCUCGUAUGUUUCUGGGAGUCGCAACUCUUCAGAUAGUUCUGGAAGUGAAAACAAUGAAAUGCGAGCCGAGUCUGUGAUUCUUCGACCCCGAGUGCAGCCUCCCCAGGCUAUGGAUUUGGACGAAGGUGAUGGUCAUGGCAGCAAAGACAUCAACAGACGUAGUAGGAGCAAUAGCAAUCGUAGCAUAGACUCAAACCAUAACGAGGGCAUGUCAUUGGCCAGUCAGAAGGGCACCCGUUUUCCGGAUUUCACAGUCGAAAAAGUCUUUCGGGAUGGCCCCGACGGCCAGAUAUUUCCCCACAGGAUUGCUUUGUUGGUAGAGCUUGGCUCAAGAGCUACUCUGGAAAGGAUGAUAGCUGCCGGUGGCCCUAAAGCUCGCCGUCGUUUCUAUGAGAGUAUGCUCAGGCAGCUCAGACAGUAUCUGUGGCGGGCUUGGGGUCAAUCGACAUUUACACAGCCAAUACUGGGUAUGGCAAUGGUCGGGAACCAAGUGUACUUCAUCAAGAUCAAGGACCAAGUUUUUCAGCCAGUUUUCAAGGUUGACCGCCAUGAUGAGUGGCCUUCAAUGUUUGAACAGCGAUCAAGAUUCAUUGAGCUGUUGGAUGCUGUGAAGAUGGAGUACAUGAACCUUCCCACCCCUCAGUAGUACAGUAUGUUUGGGCAGAAUCUUGGAAUGCAAUGAUCACAUUACACCCUGCCAUUGUAGUUGGCUGACAGCUAUCUCAAUGACAAAGGGCAGGCCAGACUAGUGCUG